AUGGAGUCACUCCUGCACGCGUCUUCGUCUCUGGUGUCUCUCAGACCCAGAAUAGACGGUCGAGAUUCGUUCAUCAACCCGUCGUUCGUGUGUCUCAGUCCUAACCUCGGGCGCAGAGGAUGUAAGUCUCUUUCUUUAGUCGCGGCGGCGAAGAAGAAGAAAAGCAAGAAAGAUGACAAUCAUAGCUUCUCCGUUAGACCUGACGAAGCCACUGGUCCAUUUCCUGAAUCCAUUCUUCUCAAAGAGAAGAAGGUCGAUGAGGAAGGUGAUCUUCUUCCUGAGUUUGCUGAUGCUGAAGAAAAGGAGCUAUACGAGUUUCUGGAUCUUCAGCUUCAGAGUGACUUGAAUGAGGAAAGGAUGAGGCACUAUGAGGUGGUUUACUUGAUUCAUGAAAAACAUGCUGAGGAGGUCGAAAGCAUCAACGAGAAAGUGCAAGAAUUCCUGAAGGAGAAGAAAGGGAAAGUUUGGAGGUUUAGUGACUGGGGGAUGCGUAGACUGGCGUAUAAGAUACAGAAGGCAGAGAAUGCGCACUACAUACUGAUGAACUUUGAGAUAGAAGCCAAGUUCUUGAACGAGUUCAAGGGACUGUUAGAUGGUGACGAAAGAGUGAUUAGGCAUCUCGUGAUGAAACGUGAUGAGGCCAUUACAGAAAACUGCCCUCCUCCUCCCGAGUUUCACUCUGUUCGGGAAGGUAUGAACGACGAUGACUUUGAUGAUGAAGAGGAGGAAGAAGAGUUGGAUGAAGAGGAAGAGGGUGAGGAAGAAGGUGAUAAUAUCGAGUACGAAGUAGAUGAUGAUGGUAAUGUUGUUAUGGUACUGUAUGAAGAUGAAGAAGAAGAAGAAGGAGAAGAAAAAGAUGAGGCUGAUGAAGUGGAACAAGGACAGGAUCAGUCAAGUAACGCAAGAAGAGAAAACCAGAGAACAACAGUUAAAGUAGGUGUUUAG